CUUAAACUACAUUCCCCAGGUAUCCCAUUGUAUGACGCAAAAAUGCUCGCGACAGCUGUUUCCAUGGAGCCGAUAGAAGCUGGAUUAGCUUGUUGAAUGGGUUUUGUCGUCGUUGUUGUUGUUGUCACGCGGCUUUUGGGAUGUCAGGAGGAGAAAAUAGCGAACAUUUGGAGACUCUGUUUUCAUUUGAGCUUCUGGUGGAAUGUAUCCGGAUCGAUAAAGACAGUCAAGUUUCCGACGAGUUGGCUCUAGGAGUACGACUGCUGGAUUUUCCGACGCUGGUCAUUUAUCAGCCUCAACAAAGCAGUGGUGGCAUUAAGCAUGGAGAAGAUCAGCGGGGAGAAUACGCCUUUAACAGAGGGAAGUCUUGUUUCUUCAAAAUGAACCUCAACUCACUGCAUACCCAUCUAUCUAACACCCCUCUCUAUGCUAUGGUGUUGGAUGUGAAAGAAGAGAUCCCCAAAUUAGUUGGUACCUCCCUCAUCUCACUGGCGAAAGUGAUGGACAGAAUCAGGCAGGACGUGACUGAACAUGGUGCUUCUACUCCCUCGUCUCACGGAGAGAGGGGGGUUGUUGAUAUAUGCAACCUCACGGGGGAGAAAACUGGAUCAAUUUCCCUGAGUUACAAACUGCUAAGUCUGGGAGCUAGUUUACUGCCACAUAUGACAGAAAGGAAGGGUCUUGAAAGCACCAGUGUACACAGAGGACAAAACCUCGCAGGAUCACGGCCUGUUGACUGUGGGAAUGUCUAUUCAGCCGCACCGGACAAGCCUGAUGUAAGCAGAAACAUAAAAAACAACAAAUCAUCAAAUGAGAACACCUCGAUAAAUGAGGAUAAACAGGACGAUGGUGUCUCGGUUGCUAUGCAGACGGACCCCAAGCCAAGAAGCCAAAGGCCUCAGACACUCGGAGAAAACAGUUUUGAAGAAGAUUUAACUAUGUUUUGUCCGCCACAUCUCUUCUACAGUAAUCAUGCUGAGGAAAAAAGCAAAAAUAAAGGCGGGGAAUGCAAAUUACAGAAUCUAGUUUCAAAGGCCUUUACGUUUGAGGACACAGAGGAGGAGACUGAAGGUACAGGUUCUCCAAUGAUGGACCAGAGAGUUGGACAUGAUGUAAAUAUGUCAGGAAACCAAGAAACCAGUGGGGGGACUCAAAAUGCCCUCAGGGAAUCUUUACGACAGUUGCCUCUACUCAACGCUCUUCUUGUUGAGUUGUCACAGUUGAAUGGCCAGAACUCACCCCAGCCCUUGUCUGUUCAUCCCAAUCUAUCUUGGAUUUACAGGCCUGCUUCCACGGAGCCUUCGGCGGGGAAUUUGAACACACCACGAGAGGCGCAAACAAAAUCUCUGCUGCAGAAAACCAGACACCUAAAACAUGCACAUUCCCCCAGAUAUUGUUCUACACCAGUAGUUAGGCCUGCAUCUCUUAAAGUGAAAGACAAACAACAAGAGGCUUUGACUGAGAGUAAAUCUCCCCGGAAGAAGCUCGUAUUUGGUACAACUAAAACAUUCAAUCUAAGGCUGAAGCAGAUUUCUCCCCCUAAAGUAAAACGUCAUGAAUGCAUGGGCUUACUACAGAAUGAAACAGAGUCCAGGGUGGCCAGAGGAAAGAUGAUUUCAAGUCAAAAGAUUGUGAAGUCCAGCAAAAGAAAAUCGGGAUUAAAUCAGAGAUCCAGUCUGAAUGAGAAUGUUGAAAGCAUCCCAGUGGGCUCUGCCCCACAGGAAACAAAACGAACACAGAGACCCCUGCAUGGGAAAACCCAACAAGACAGGGACUCUGCGAGAAUUUCAGACCAAUCCUCCCUUUCUGACAGAGACCUGACAUGUAUGCACAUCCCCAGUGUGGCUGGUGACAAUGUGUCCCGAAACAAAGACAAAAAGGAGCAUCACAGUGCAUCCAAUCAAGGCCAAUCACGCUCUGAAUGUGACAGGCACGGGGAGGAAAUUGAAUCUUCAGGAAGCAGCAGACACAGCAGCCCCAAAUCUGCAUUUUCAGACUCCAGCGGGGAAGAGAACCAGGAGGCAGACUACGCUGAUGACUUUAACAGCCUGGAGCCCAGCGACGCCUACUCCUGCUCCCCUGACCCCGGUAGUAGCCCCGAGCCCUCUAGAGACAAGACUCCGCUGUCUCCUGUCUGCCCCGAGUUGCGCAACUCUGAAGGAUUGCAGAAGAGAGCGGUCCUCCCCGUGCCCAUCAAAGCCCCCAGGUCUCCACAGCGCGCUCUGAGGGGUACGCACAUCAUACGGCCGCGAACCCAAGCCUCGGCGCUCAGCAUCUCCUCAGAUGACAGUUUCCGAGACCCCGGGCCGGCUCCCUUACAAACCACGCGCUCCGGGAAACGGAUGACGGCGAGCGGUCGAGUGGAAAGGAGCCCUGAGAGUGUCGUGUCAUCAAGAGGUCAAAGGAGCGGGUCAAGCAAGAGCAGCGGUUCUGUUCCAGGAUUUUCUGCAGAAUCAACGUCCUCCGUUGAACCGCAAGACCUAGAGGAACUGGAGGAUGAGCUUGGAUCUCUGGAUUUCAAAAAGGGGUAUCAGCAUAUCUCUGAGCUAGUGGCCAACAAACUCCCUGGUUACACUAUGUAAAGAAACAAAAAAGAAUACCACAUUAUGGUAACGUCAAGGCUACACUAUUUCCUCUAAUUUGUUGAAAUAGAAGAGUAGCUAGUGUUGUACAUAUCUAGCAAAUCUGUGUAAAUCUUCCAUUCAUUUAUGUCUGACAACUUCUUCGAAUAAAAACAAGCUUUUUUUG